AUGUUGACUACUUUCCCUAACAGUCGCACUUCUGCAGCACUGGAGCGUAAGCAACCAUCCGAUGUACUUCCUAUUUUCGCCUAUUCUAAACAGUCAAGCAGGGGACCAUCGUAUUCAGACUGUCAGCGGCAAGAAAUUGCACUUGUCCUAAUCUCUGCUGUGGUCUUUUUUAAAGAGAUUAGAAGGGAAGGAAUGAAAUGGAGCCGCAUUUCGGUCCGACAGGGAUUGCAGUUGUAA